AUGCUUUUCGUCAGUUUUUUUGUGGUUGCUCAUGGAAUGGUUGCUGUGACCGGAAUGGUUUUCAAUCUAUUUCUGGUUUAUCUUGCGAUUUUUCACACUCCCAGAGUUAUAAAAUCCUAUACAACUUUAAUUAUCAAUUUUGCGAUGACUGAUUUUUUCGCUUGUUUGGCGGAUCUCGUAGUUCAGCAAAGAAUUAUUCCCGCAGGAUGGACAUUGGGAUAUAUUUCAAAUGGAUUGUGUAAAUAUCAUUCACCAACAGCAUGUUAUGUGGGGUUAGUUAAUUGUAAAAAAAAUUGACUUGAUUUUUGAAUAAUCGAUUUGAAUUGUACCCUGAAGUCUAUACUUCCAAUGUUUCAGAUACAGUUUGAUGCUUCAUUUCUUUUCUCAUUCUUUGUGGUCCCUCCUCCUUUCAUUUUCAUAUCGAUAUUAUAUUCUAUUCCAUUCUGCACCUACUCGAUUAAAAUUAUUCGGCGUUGUUCUUUUGAUUUACAUUCCUUCAUUAUUUCAAUUGAUUUCAUUUCUUUGGGCUCAAGAUGAACCUUCAGAAAUCGUAGAGAUUUUACAUAAUAAAUUUCCUGAUUACACUUUGGAUGGAUAUACUGUAACAGGUACAAAGAAUAUAUUAUGCUUCAGUGCUUUGUUCACAAUUUUGCAUAUGACACUUCCUGUAACUCCAGUUUAUACAGGCAUUUUGAUAUUUCGCAAAAAGAUUAUUCAACAACUCGCCGAGAAAACUGCAAAUCUCACAAAAACUACUAAAAAACUUCAUAGCCAACUUCUAAUGGCUUUAACCUUCCAAGCUAUGCUUCCCGGUUUCUACGCAAUCAGUGUAGGAUCUUAUGGAAUCGGUCAACUCGGAAUAUAUAAUCAUCCAGUGCUUGAGUACACUACAUUUACUUCUGUUAUAUUUAUUCCCUUACUUUCUCCAGUUGCAUCAUUUGUCUUUGUCACUCCGUAUCGUCGUUUCAUCACAAGAUUCUUCAUUCGUGGAAAAAUUGUGGAUCCUACUUACGAGACAUCGUACAAUCAUAGUUUAACCACGCGAUAUUGA